UGUCUCGAGCGGGGACAUGGCGGAUUUCGACAGUUACGAUGAGCGGCAGCAGCAGUACAGCAGCUUCGGGGGAGGCCGGGGAAGAUCUCGUGUCACUAGUCCUCGAAAACAGAAGGAAUUACCCACAGAACCCCCUUUCACAGCCUACGUAGGAAAUUUACCUUUUAAUACUGUGCAGGGAGACAUUGAUGCCAUCUUUAAGGAGUUAAACGUAAGGAGCGUUCGACUAGUCAGAGACAAAGAAACAGACAAGUUCAAAGGUUUUUGUUAUGUGGAAUUUGAUGACUUGGAGUCUCUUAAAGAAGCACUGACAUACGAUGGAGCACUUCUUGGUGAUCGAUCUCUUCGGGUUGACAUAGCAGAAGGCAGAAAGCAAGAGAAGGGUGGUUUUGGCUUCAGGAGAUCAGAUGACAGAGGAGGUUUCAGAGAUGAAGACUACAGUGACCGGUCUCUGGGUGGAUUUGGAGGAAGUAGGUCCAGAGGUGGUCGUCUUGGAGACAGACGAGGUGGCCGAACUAGAGAUGGACUCUUUCGUGGCUCCUCUAUGGAAUUCAGAGAGGCAACAGAAGAGGAACGGGCACAAAGACCCAGACUGCAGCUUAAACCUCGCACAGUCGCUGCCCCACUUAACCAGGUAGCCAAUCCAAACUCAGCCAUAUUUGGUGGAGCCAGGCCUCGGGAGGAAAAAACUGGACAUGAGGUGCCCUAGCUGACUGGAAUCAUGGAAAGUUAGGCACGGUACUUUCCAUCCCUACCACUCAACAGACUUCCUUUGGUCUACUCUCCCAACUCUCAAUGUAGUGGAUUGCAAUGGAUUUUUCUAAGAACACUC